CGAGACGCCAUUUUUAGCGAAAUAAUAAUGGACAGAGAGUGGGGUUCGAAGCCCGGUAGUGGUGGCGCCGCAUCCGCCCAGAAUGAAGCCAUCGACCGUCGCGAGCGGCUUCGCAGGCUGGCGCUGGAGACUAUCGAUCUCGCUAAGGACCCUUAUUUCAUGCGCAACCACCUUGGAAGUUACGAGUGCAAGCUGUGUUUGACAUUGCACAACAAUGAAGGUAAUUACUUGGCCCACACACAGGGCAAACGACAUCAAACCAAUUUGGCUAAGCGAGCAGCUCGAGAAGCCAAGGAGGCUCCUGCUCAGCCUCAGCCCCAUAAGCGUAAAGUUUCUGUUCGCAAGACAGUCAAAAUUGGUAGGCCUGGGUAUCGCGUGACGAAGCAAUUUGAUCCAGAGACAAAACAGAGAUCUCUCCUUUUCCAGAUUGAGUAUCCAGAAAUAGAAGACUUAUCAAAACCAAGGCAUCGAUUUAUGUCAUCAUUUGAGCAGAGAGUUCAACCAUUUGAUAAGAGAUUCCAGUAUCUUCUGUUUGCAGCAGAACCAUACGAGAUAAUAGCCUUUAAGGUUCCUAGCACGGAGAUUGACAAAUCCACCCCCAAGUUCUUCUCACAUUGGGAUCCAGACUCAAAGAUGUUCACGCUGCAAUUAUAUUUUAAAGCCAAACCACCAGAGGCAAGUAAACCACAAGUGACCCCUGCAGCAAAUGGUACUUCAGCUCCAGGUGUUCCUCCAAGGCCUCUAUCCCAAGCACCACCACCACCACCACCACCUCCUCCACAGGGGCUACCACCAGGUGUGCCUUCUGGAAAUCCCCCUAGAGUUCCGCCCCCGCCAAUGAGUGGAUCAUUACCUCCUCCUCCCCCUCCAAUGAGCAAUGGCCCUAGACCCAUGCCUCCUGGUGGAGCUCCGCCUGCUCCUCCACCCCCUCCUAGUGGCAGUGGGACAAUGGCAAAUUUCACUCCUGGUGCUCAAAUGGGUAGGCCUCCAUCAAUGCCUCCUCCCCAAGGUUUUAUGAGCCAACAGAUGCAGAAUCAGGGUCUUCGUCCACCUCCACCGCCUCCUAACAUGGGGUAGUAAUGUGUCCCUGACUUCUGGUUCAUAGCAUAUCUUAAGAAGUUGUCAUGCAGCUGGUUGUGAUACAGUAUGGAUGCAAGAUUAACCCAAAAUUGCAGUCUGCAUGAUACUUAAUGCAUUAGAUGGUAUUGGUUAUCACAUCUGAUGUGUCAAUUAAAUUUAGAACUGUAUCGCAAUAGUUAGCUUAAAAUUGUACUUUUAGUUGUCUUUUUGAACGCUGUAUUAAACUUUCCCCCAAAAGAACUGAGUACUGUUAAGAUAUUGAAGUUGUGGAAAAUGGUAAAACUUUGCAACGUGAUUUUAGCUUUUA